AUGUCUUCUCACACUACCAACUUCGACACCCCCCGCCCUAAGAGCAGCCGCGCCUGCUCCGACGCAAGCUCCAUCUCCUCAGGUUCCUUCACUACCAGAAGGGCUGUCUCGACGGACUCCCCGCGCCCUUCUAAGCGCAAGUCCUCCCACUCCCAGACGGUUAACGUCUACACCCACUGUGGCCGUCACAGCUCCCAAUUUCUGUUCGGCGGUCGCUCAUUCAGCGACAUGGCCCGCCAUAUCUUUAAGCGGGACUAG